CCUCUCAUCACAAGAUCAACGGUGUGAUUUAGCUCUCAAUACCAUCCUUAUUAUACAUUCAUCCGAUUCAGAUUUUGCUCGAUAAGAAAAAAAGGUCAACAAAUUUAAAAAUAUCAUCUUAAUUCUCAACUAACACACGACUCCACGUGUACGGAUACGAUCCACCAAGAAUCCCGCUAAUCUAAUUCAACACUCUGAAUAAAGAGUUCAGACUUGCAGUUUUCUGAAUGGGGACGAUAGUUCAAACUACCGUUGUCACUGUUUUUCUUUGUCUUCUGUUUCCUAUUGUCUUUUCCACAUCCAAUGACGGAUUGUUCAGAAUUGGACUGAAGAAGAGAAAGUUUGAUCGCAACAAUCUGUUAGCUGCCCAACUUGAUUCCAAGGAGGGAGAAGCGUUGAGAGGUUCUUUUAGAAAGUAUCUUCAUGGCAACUUACAGGAGUCAAAGGAUAUUGAUAUAGUGGCACUAAAGAACUACAUGGAUGCUCAGUACUUUGGUGAAAUUGGUAUUGGCACGCCUCCACAGAACUUCACUGUAAUUUUUGACACUGGGAGUUCUAAUUUGUGGGUGCCUUCAUCUAAGUGUUAUUUCUCAAUAGCUUGCUAUUUCCAUUCAAGAUAUAAAUCAAGCCACUCAAGUACCUACAAUGCUAAUGGUAAACCUGCGGAUAUUAAAUAUGGUACUGGACAAAUUUCUGGAUUCUUUAGCGAGGACCACGUAACAGUUGGUGAUCUUGUAGUUAAAAAUCAGGAAUUUAUUGAGGCAACAAGUGAGCCCAGCUUAACAUUCUUGCUUGCCAAAUUCGAUGGUAUACUUGGUCUUGGAUUUCAAGAGAUUUCAGUAGGAAAUGCUGUGCCUGUGUGGUACAAUAUGGUCAACCAAGGUCUUGUUAAGGAACCGGUUUUUUCAUUUUGGCUUAGCCGCAACUCCGAAGAUAAUCUUGGUGGGGAAUUGGUAUUUGGCGGGAUGGAUCCUAAACAUUUCAAGGGGAAUCACACUUAUGUUCCUGUAACACGGAAAGGAUACUGGCAGUUUGAUAUGGGUGAUUUCCUGAUUGGUAACGAAACAACAGGAUUUUGUGCCGGUGGCUGCAGUGCUAUUGCUGAUUCAGGGACUUCUUUGUUGGCUGGUCCUACGGGUAUUAUUACUCAAAUCAAUCAUGCUAUUGGAGCAUCUGGGGUUGUAAGUCAAGAAUGCAAGGCUGUAGUUUCUGAAUACGGAGAGAAGAUACUUGAUAUGCUAUUAGCGAAGGAUGAACCAAAGAAAAUCUGCUCACAAAUUGGUCUAUGCUUAUUUGAUGGAACUCAAGGUGUAAGUAUGGAGAUUGAAAGCAUUGUGAACGAGAAUGCUGGAAAAGCCUCUGGCAGUUUACGCGAUGCUAUGUGUUCUACCUGUGAGAUGGCAGUUAUAUGGAUGCAAAACCAGCUUAAGCAGAACCAGACACAGGACCAUAUAAUUGACUAUGUCAAUGAGCUCUGUGAUCGGCUGCCUAGUCCAAUGGGAGAAUCAAGUAUUGACUGUAAAAGUCUAUCUUCUAUGCCCAGCGUCUCUUUCACAAUUGCUGGAAAGUUAUUUGAGCUCCGUCCUGAGCAGUAUGUCAUGAAAGUGGGCGAGGGAGAUGGGGCUCAAUGCAUUAGUGGAUUCACUGCUCUGGAUGUACCACCUCCUCGCGGACCUCUCUGGAUCCUGGGUGAUGUAUUUAUGGGCCAGUUCCAUACAGUAUUUGACUAUGGGAACAUGCAAAUUGGAUUUGCUGAGGCUGCAUAAGCUAAUCUUUUCUAAAUCUGAACACCCGAGUGCCAUGCUGUUCAAGUAGUACACUCCUAAACUUAUGGGAUUAAGUAUCAAAGAUGAUUGUAUGUAAAUACUUGUGCAAAACAUGAUCUGUGAUUUAAUCCGGAUUGUAUCGUAUUAUGGCAUUUUGACUAAGAAAGGAUUUCACGGCA